AUGAAUCGGUGGCGGAGAUCAGUGGAUGAGAUCCAAGCUAGGAAACGGCAGGUCACAGAGUGUGAGCGUGCCCUGGAGGCCCUGAGCAAGGUGACUGCCUGUUUCCAACAGAUGGCAAUCUCUGUCGGAAGUAACUCAGACGGCAGCUUUCUGAGAGAGGAGAUGGAUGAGACCAGAGCACUGGCUCAUAGAAUCUGCACAGGUAAGGACACUAACGCUGUUGAAUGCUAAAUGGACCUCAAGAUCCGACCCCUUUUUAAUCUAUGAUUUAAUGGGGUUCCGCAAACAAAAGGUGACUGAUCUGACCCCUUCCAUUCAAAUUCAGUUUAAAUCUUUUGAAGUGCAACAUUCUCUCAGCCAAUUGGUGUCUAAAAAGGAAUUGAAUCUGGAAUUGAAAUCACAAGUGCAAGUAUUUGUGCACUUGGGAAAUGCAUUGUAUCGUGUAAAUCAUAUGCAAAUUCCACUGUGAAUAAUUGUGUGUUGUCUCGUGAUCCAGGGUUGCACAGACGUCUGGUCCCUCUAUUGACAGAGAGGGCGACUGCACCUGGACAAGAGGAUCGAGAACAGGUGGAGCGACUGUGGGUUCUCUUCCUCACUGGGUUAGAGAACCUCCAACAGGACCUGUACAAAGCCAGUGACUUAAUAGACCGCUUCCCCUUGAAACAGAGGAAUGACCGCCGGGCCCUUGUGAACACAGGAGCUUCAGAUGGGAUCACUGGGGUGUCUGCCCGGGCUGCUUCAGUCCAAACCCCCUGGCUAGCAGUGGAGGUGGAGCAAAGCCCUGACCUGAAGACGCACAUCACCCAGAUUGAGGCCCUGGUCAAGGAGAUGCUCCAGAAAGUCAGCAUUCCUUUCUGGGCGGUGGAGGCUACUCAAGAGGCCUGGGUGGAGGGCACUCAACCUCAGGAUGCUGCACACAAUCAGGAUGAGACUCUGGAAGAGAUGAUGGAAGUGGUGUCCCAAGAUAAGAUGUUGGGGUGUUGUCAUCCCCUAAACUGUAAAUUGGGGUGUAUGUUUUGUCUAUAG